AUGUGGCACCGCCUCGUGGCUGUAGUCUCAGUGCUCGUCGUGGCUGUAUGCCUAGUCCUACCUUCGUCGUAUAGCAGUCGAUCACGGACGAUUUUGGACGUGCUGGGGAUCCGGGAAGAACAAAAAGUUGACGAUGGCUCCAAAUCCGAGGGCGUUGCGAAAGAAAAUCGACUACCAAGCAGAGAAGAGCUGCAGGAACUGCUUAAAACAUCGGCAAAAAGUGACGAUGGAAGUACCGACCAUGAAAGGCAGAAAAGACAAAUCUCACAACAAUCGUACCAACAAUAUUUGGACAACCUAGGUCGCGCUGACUAUGACGUGCGAAUAGAAGAAGGUUGGCAAAAUAUUCUGUAUCCUUUUGGCACAUGGGCUAUGGACGAGCAGCUAAUGGGUCAGGCUGGUCGUGAAACACAGGCGAAUCUCGGCUUCGACUGUCCAUUCUUCGGUUUCAGAUUCAACUAUACUUUUGUCUAUCCGAUGGGGAUGGUUUCAUUUUCACAACCGUCCUUCGCUACACCACCGUGGACAUUCCCUAAUCCGUCGUGGCCGAAACAGAGGGAUCAUUCGUUCAUCGCUCCAUUCUACGCAGAUUCGAUGUAUCAGUGGAUUGGUAACACGAAGAUCAGCAACACAUUCUAUCGUAGCGUACAUCGACCAAGGCUCGAUGAUGAUGAAAUAUACAACACCAACACACAAGCUAACUUUGGAGCACCAAACUACAAUCAAAAUCAGAAUCCAUACGUUCAACAGCAGUACGGGCAGACGCAGAACGUGAAUCCGCUCUAUGGACAACAACAACAACAGCAGUAUGGCCAGAGUUCCAUCUAUGGACAGCAGUCAACUUAUCAACAAUAUCGUAAGAAACGUCAAAUGCCAGGUAGGAUCAGCCAGCCAGGAAUGGUUGUCGAUCCACUGCUGUUGGAUAACAUCACACAAGCAGUCCAGGACGGUUACACCGGAGCGAAUGGUUGGAGGGCAGAGCAUGCCUUUAUUGUUACAUGGUACAGAAUGGCCUACGGUGGAGCUCCACGAGCGCUUGACGUCUCUCAGUUUGAGCAUGUCAAGGAUUGGCAGAACACCUUCCAACUUGUCAUUGCCACAGAUGAAAUCAGAACAUUCGCCCUUUUCAACUAUGCGCGGCUUAACUGGACAACCAGUAACGAAGCUGGAGGCCUUAACGGUUUCGGAGGAAAGCAAGCAGCUGUCGCUGGAUUUAACGGCGGAAACGGUACUGGCUGGUACCAGUUACCAUAUUCGGGACAUGGAAGGAUCUGGAAACUUGGCUAUUUCUCUAAUGUUCUAACUCCUGGCAGGUGGAUUCAUCGCAUUGACGAGGUGAUCAUUCCAGCCGGAUGUACGAAUGCUUCCACCGGAGGUAUGAUCACCGCACCUCCAUGGGGUGUCAUGCAAGGUGGGAUGGCCAUCAACGUGUCUGGCCCAUGUUUUAGACCUAAUGAUAACAUAAAGGUGAAUUUCGAAAAUUGGCAAACGGACUGUAAACGGCUGGAUCGUGUACGUGCACGUUGUAUUAUGCCUAUGUUCCACAGAACUGGACUAGUGCCCAUUCGUCUGAGCCGCGAUGGCGGACAGAGUUUCCCAUUCUUCGGCAAAUUCUAUGUUGUCCCACCAGAACGUGCUCCUGCUCAAGUUUCGCUGAAGGACGAUGUUGAUGACGUGAAUAACAGAUGGUACCAACCAUAUGCUGAGACGUUAUCCAUGGGAUGGCAAGCGCUGAACUUGACGUAUAAUUACGGUGCACGUAUUGAUAUAAGCCUUUACGGGUAUUGGGAAGAUGCUGAUCGAUCGCAUUUCGUGCAAGUGGACACCAUAGCCAAAGGAAUCCCGAAUACUGGCUCGUACACGUUCAAACCCGCUUCGCUACAAAGACAAACCUUACUGAAGAAUGCCUGGGAAAAAUUCACUUUUGGAUUCGUUCGAGUGUCAUUGUCAGAUUCUGAGGAUGGUGUUUUGUGGAGCAAGCCGACACCUUUUCCCUGGUACUACUUGCCGGAUUGGAAGAAGCACUAUGGUCAGAAUUGGGCUCUGGAUAUGUGCAUUGAAUGGUUCGAAUAUGAUGGAAAACGUCGAAAUUUCCAAAUGGAUCUCACAAAGGACGUGCCAUGUCCAUGCAAAAUGUCACAGGCCUUGCUCGAUCUCGGACGAUACAUGCCAAUUAUGGACUGCGACAAAGAUGGUGAUACUUCAUGUCCAUUCAACAAAGGUGCUCAACACUGUAUACAAAGUGUACAACCGAGUUCUAUCGGCUCCUCUCAGCAGUGCUGUUACGACUACGAGGGUUAUUUGAUGUUCACAGACGAUUGGGAACCCGAUGGCGACUAUACCCGUUUCUUCCAACCGGGUACCCCUGCUCGUGCGCAUAAAUUUGGUGCACCACCUUUCCGUCAGCCACCUUUCAUACCUACCAUGUCAAACUAUCAACUCGAUCUGAUGCCUUAUAGGACCUGUUGCACAUAUGCACAACACUGCGAAUUCUACUACUGGCGCAGGAUGACUAAUGGGUGUCAGGAUUACAAAGCUCCCGGUGCAGGUUACAUGUAUGGUGAACCUCAUGUGGUGACGUUUGACGGCGUCAAAUACACAUUCCCUGGAAAAGGCUACUUCGUACUUGUAAUGAGUGACGAUCCUACGCAUAAACUGAUGGUGCAAGUACGGCUGGAACAACCUGACGACACGUUGUGGCAUUCGCAUGUUAACGCUACCGUAAUCACGGGAAUUGCUGUACAAGAAAAUGAUAGUUCUAUAGUACAGGUGUUUGCGCGAAAGCCGAUGCGACGAUGGCGUUACCGUACUGAUGUCUAUGUGGAUGGUGUGCGACGUUUCUUCGAUAAACCACACUGGAAACAUCAGCAAUUCAGAAAAGUCGAUCUCCGUAAUCCGUUACAAAACAUGAAUCAGUCCGAGAUUAUUAUAAUGCUAAAAUCAGGACUAGGUAUUCGUGUGCAUGAGAGUUACGGUAUGCUUGAUGUGAUGGUCUCAUUGCCGCCGAGUUACAAUACAACAUGCAAGCCGGGUGUGACCGCGUCAUCAUCGUUGAACACAAUGGAUGGGACAAAUCGUUGUUAUACAACGUUAGGAUUACUAGGCGUGUACAACAACGAUCCAAACGACGAUCUGACGUCAUCCACCGGACAACUGGCUCGAGCCACGGGCGACACGUCCAAUCCAAGUACAACGCAAAUGAUAUAUGAACAGUUUGGAGUGACAUGGAAAGUGGACGGGAAAAACGAAAAAAUCGGUAGUGUGUUGUUCGGAGAACAGUUCAAACCUAUUUAUAAUCCACUCCUAUUCGCGUCUACGGACUACACACCAGUUUUUUGGCCACAAUACCUCGACAUGAAUGCGUCUAGAGUAUUCACGAUGGAACAGGUGACCAGUGCUUGUCAAGGAAUUUCACAAUGUGAAUAUGAUUACAUAAUGACUGGUAGGAAGGAGGUUGGGUUGACUACGCUGAGGAAGCAGAAGCAAUUCCUUGCAAUGCAAAAGAGUGGCUCAAAGCAAUUAAUCUCCUGUGGCCCGUUGCUGAAAAAGGAAGGUGUCGUAAAAACACCACCGGCCGCGAACUACCUUGAAGGAGACACGGUAACUUUCUCUUGUAAGCCGAAAUACUUUAUCCAUGGUGACAUUGAACGCACAUGCCGUAAUGGGACCUGGUCACCUGGUUGGUGGGCGUGGUGUAGAGAUCGUAAUCUGGAAUACGCUCUCAAAUGGAUGACUGCGUUGCUAUCAAUUUUUGGAUUUGUCAUGAUGUUCAUUAUCAUUUUCUGUAUACUGUGGAAUAUACGCAGGAAAAAACAGGAAGUCCAUGCGCAGCGACAACUGGAAAAAGGAAGAGUCGCAUCACUGCAAGCUGCCCCGGAAACAAAGAAAAGAUUUUCUUGGCAGGCCGCAUCCGCUAUACCAGAGAAGCAACCGUUACAAGCUGAUUUGCUUGAUACUUUCGAUGAUAGUCCUGCAUAUAUGCGCGGCGAGCGUCGAAUGGCGCCUUCACUUUACGAGGAGCGAAGUGUGCCACGACCAGCAGCGGCACCAGCUGUGAAUCAACGUCAAUUCUCAACACAACCCUCCUACCAAAUUCCUCAUCUGUCUCUAUUCUUUCAUUUGUCGGUUCUACCGAUGAACGGCUCAAAGAGUUAUUUCAUGCCUACCUUGACCAACACUGCUAAAAAGCAUGUCAAUGGAGUUAUUUAUCAAUUUCUGCCAUCAUGGCCACCAUGGGGAAUACAAGUGCCUCAGCAUAGCAUGUUAGGAUCCUGUGCCAGUCCUCAGUUGGCUGCCAUUGUCGUUCUGCUACGAUUAACCCCAAUGGAUCUGGCAGAGGCAAGGGACGCGAUCACUUUAUGGACAUUCGAUGAUAUUAGUAAAACUCUUCACGAACGUGCUUCACAAAUUGAAGGGGAUAAUCUUCAUAAUUUAUUCAUUGUGGAACGUUUUCUACCAGCCGUUGAAUUUAUUGACGCAACAAAUGCUUUAACUGUGGUGCAAAAGGGACAUAUCGGUGAAUUAUCGAUUGCUGGUAGACAAUUGGAAUUAGAUCAAAUUAUGGCCGGAAUCAUACUCAGUCUUCCUGAAGAGGUUCAAGUUAAAUCAAGUAACUUCAUGGAACUCAUGAAAACACUCGUCUGUCUGCACUCAACACUACAAGAACCUCCAUACUACUAG